AUGCCGCAACGUAUGCGGUCCCAGCGCCGUACUUCGCAGGCGCUGCGGCCUCCGAGCGGUCGCCACCAGAUCGCCUCGUCGCCGUCCCAAAUCGGACUGCUAGACCAAGCCCAGCCCCAGCCGCUAACCUCACGCCGCGCCCGGAAAGAGGGGCGCGUGUCGCGCCAGCUCCCCGCUCCGCCGCCCCAGCAUCUCUUGGGCAACGAGCCGUCGCCGUACAUGGAGAUCCAGAUGCCACCCGUGGCCCGCGGGCAGCCUGUGCAAAGCGGUUAUCAAGACUAUACCACGGGCCAGUACAGGCACGGUCCUCCUCGCGCCCUUCCCGCUCCCCCUACAGUGGACUGGUCGGGCGGUAAAACGGACGUCUACAGUGCGCCGUACGGCGACUAUUCCCAGGCAUAUGGCACCCACUACGCCGAAAUGUCGCCGUUUGAGUCGCACGAAGCGCUCACGCAAAGCUCGACGAAGGCCACGCCGCGGUCUUCGCGGGGGUAUGUCGCAGUCCACGAGCCGUCGAGCAACAUGUCGGCGACGCAAAACUACUCGGAUUAUGCCUACCCUCUGGACCCCUACUAUGAGCAGGAGCCCCAAUACCAAGACCCACACCGCCAGUUGAUGCACAAGUCAUCGACCCGGUCACGGAACUCGCAGCUUUCGCGGAACGGCAGCCAGCUGUCCCGCGUCGACAGUAUCGGUGCUGGUGACUACCGUCGGCAUAGUCGGAAACUUCCGCAGCCCCCCAACGGCAAGCGGAUGACCACGGCCGAGCGCAUCCAGGCGCUGCGCACGGCGAAGCAGGACGUGUCCUUUACCGCUGAGCCCCGCAUGACGCGCAAGUCGCGUGAUCUUCCGGAACCCCCGAUGGACGACCACGACCUCUACGCGAUGGAUGCCAUGCAGUAUCCGGUCCGCGACGAACACCGGUACACGAGCCACUAUGGCAGCCACAACAAUAUGUGGUCCUCUGGUCAGAAUGAACAGACCUACUACCGCUACAACCCGAUCUAG